GUUAAGACAUGAGUUUUCAACUCGGUAAUAUAAUCAGUGAGAAUGCUAAAGAAGAAGCGGACAGAUCGAGCAAAGAAGCGAAUAUACAAAUAAAAUGUAGAACGGAAUUGACAUCUUACUUUAAAGAGAGUGAUCAUAGUAAUAAUAGCAUUUAUUUUUCGGAGAUUCCAAAAGUGUGUUGCGACGAACCAUGCCAAUUGGGCGUAGACGAAGCAGGAAGAGGUCCUGUAUUGGGUCCCAUGGUAUAUGGAAUAGCUUAUGCUCCACUGGUCCAGAAACAAUUACUCGUAGACUUAGGUUGCGCAGAUUCAAAGAGCUUAACGGAAAAUCAAAGAGACGGUAUCUUCGAUAAGAUAUGCGAAGAAAAUGAUAAAAUGGGAUGGACUGUGGAGGUGAUAUCUCCUAAUGUCAUUGCUAAUAGUAUGUAUCGUCGUAGUAAAAAAUCUUUAAACGAAGUUUCUAUGGAAUCAGCAAUUGGACUGAUCAAGCGAGCUGUCGAAGCUGGUGUAAAUGUCAGUAAAGUAUACGUCGAUACGGUUGGUAAACCAGAAAAAUAUCAGGCUCGAUUGGAAGAAAUAUUUCCUCAAUUAGAAAUAGUCGUUGCGAAGAAGGCAGAUUCUACUUAUCCCAUCGUUAGCGCGGCAAGCAUUUGUGCAAAAGUCUGUAGAGAUCAUGCGAUACGCGCGUGGCAAUUCCCCGAAAGUAGUAACGAAACUGAAUAUGGCAGUGGAUAUCCUAAUGACCCAGUAACAAAGAAAUGGUUGACGGCCAAUGUCGAUGCUGUGUUUGGGUUUCCACAGAUAGUCCGUUUCAGUUGGUCUACCGCAGAGAAGAUUCUUGAAGCCAAUGCAUUAACCGUCGAGUGGGAAGAAAUAGAGGAUCACGAAAUACGUAGCGAGCAAAAGAUUUCUAAAUUUUUUGCGAAAUCACCUUUAAAAUCCUACAAGGUUCACGUUAAAAAGCACGUUUUCUUUACAGAACGAUGUAUUACCAAUGCUAGUACUCUAUGAUGAUCAUCACUCUUGUGGAUUUAUCGCCGUAAUAAAAUUACAUUAUGUAGUCGCAUA